UUUCACCACGGAAGCGAGUUGAAGCAGUAGCUGAGUUGAAAAAAUGUUCCAGUAGAGUUUCGAAAUAUGAUCCUUCAUAACUGGAAAGCUAAGGGUUGGAACGAAGAGAUACAUUUUAACAACAUCUGAUUAAACUGGUGGAAAUCACGGAGGGGUAAAUAUGAUGCAGAACUGAUAGGCCACAGAUAAGAUCCUGCUAUGAAGUGUCUGCUGAUAGCCAGCGAGAGCGCUGAGGUCCUCUUCUAUUGGACCGACCCAGAGUUUGAACUCAACAUCCAGGAGCAGUAUGGAGCGUCACAGGAAGAGGGGGAGAAGCCACCAGCAUUUGAGGACAGCAUCAACACUCUGUUUGCCCCCAUCAUCAUCUCCUGCAGUACCAUGGUGGACAGACUGGGAGACAGCUAUACAUCCUUUAGUACUGAGAACAACCACACCUAUGUGCUACAUCAGUUUGAGGAGUGUCUGUACAUCGCUGUGAACGGAGACCGAGAAGAGGGCGAGGAGGAUCUGAAGAGGAAGAUUUACGUGAUGAAGAAGAUGAUUGAGGUCCUCUUUGGCAUGGUUACCCUCAGCAGCACCCUGAUCAGGAAAGAGCUGCGUCCUCAAGACACAGAGCAGAGGACCAGGCUGUGGAAACAUCUACAGAGCCUCCUGGAGACCUACAGCCGGCUCCGCGAGCAGGACCAGAGCUUUUUAGUGGAGGCAGUAGAGAGGUUGAUCCAUCCUACUCUAUGUGAACAGUGUAUAGAGUUUCUGGAGCGUCGCUUGGUGCAGCAGAUCAACAGUAGUGUGGAGAGAGCAGGAGAGGAGGUCCUCCAUGCAUUCAUACUGGUGCACACCAAACUACUAGCCUUCUAUUCCAGUCGUAAUGCCAGUACCCUCACCUCGUCUGACCUACUGGCUCUUAUCGUCAUGGUGCAGAACAUGUAUCCUAGCAACAUUGACCUGGAGGAUACUGCCCCCGAGGAUGUGGAGAACACCUCAGCUCCUGAUAUAUUCUACACUCCAGAGCCUUCCCCUACUAAUAAGGACUCAGGGACUGACAGGGACUCCGUUAAUUCAGGCAGGUAUGAGGAGAGCAGGCAUGAAGGGAGCAGUAUUAUGGAGAGCGGUACUCCUGUGUUUGAGUUUUUGGAUCCAGACAUUCAGAUGGCGGAGGACAGUCUCCGGACCCUGGAAGCUCCUCCCCCUGACCCCUCGACCCCUAGCAGAGUCUUCCUGGAGGUCACGCUGAAGGAGGGCUGCUAUCCCAUGAUGCCUCACUCCAUGUACUGUCUGCCACUCUGGCCUGGCAUCACUCUGGUACUGCUCACUAAGAUACCUAACAGUAACCUGGCCAUGUCAGUCUAUGUGUUCCUGGAGGCAUUUGUUAAGUUAGAGAAGCGUCUGAGUGAAGGUCUGGAGGGGUCAGCGGCCCGCGGCCAGACGUCCAUACAGGACCUCCGCAACAAACUGGACAAGUUCAUUAGAGCAUUGGGAACCUCAGACAUACAGACGUCCCAGCUACAGAGUGUGUGGACAGAGUUUAAGAGCCGGGCAUUCACCAGAGGAGGACCUGGCUUCAGCAGGGACCUGGUCCCCUGGUGUCAUACUAUGAAGAGCCAGCUGUGUGGAGUCUACAGACAGUGUUUCAUCACAGAGAACACAGUUGGAGGAGGGAGUCCACAACGUCUAUCACCCAGUCUACAGGACAGAGCUCUCACCAUGGUGCAGGAGAAGUUGAUGGACUGGAAAGACUUCCUGUUGGUGAAGAGUAAGAGGAACAUCACUAUGGUGUCGUACCUUGAGGAGUUCCCAGGACUGAUCCAUUUCAUCUAUGUUGACCGCACCGCUGGUCAGAUGAUCGCUCCAUCUCUCAACAUCACGGACCGCACGACCUCUGAGCUAGGAAAGGGGCCACUGGCUCACUUCAUAAAGGGCAAGGUAUGGGGCCUGGUUAAUACAUCGAGGCUUUACCUACAGAAGGGUUAUUCCACUGUCACUCUGAGAGAUGGAGACUACUUCUUCUGCUACUUCCUCUGGUUCGAAAACGAAACGGGCUACAAGCUGGAAGUAAAGGACCUCCCAAUCCUACCCGAUGACUCCGCCCCCAUCGGAAUGCUGGCCUGGGACUACUACAGGAAGCUGUUGCGCUACUACAGUAAGAGCCACCAGGGGGAGGUGGUGAAGUGUUAUGAGCUGCUGACGGUCCAUCUAGGAGUCAUCCCUACAGAGUACAUACUACAGCACUGUAGUCAACUAGCACGCAAACUCUGGGAGCCCUCACGCAUACCCCUACUGUAGAAGACAGACACACACACACACACAUAUAUAUAUAUAUAUAUAUAUAUAUAUAUAUUUAU